AUGUCCAGCCUGAUUUUCCCCAAGUCAAAUUGUCCUCAUGUUGGGGUUGUUGCAUCCCAAAGUGAUGCAGCUCCAGCAUCUGGCUACAAGCUGGACCAGAAAACGUGUUGUAUUUCAAAGCCAGACCCAAAAAGGCUGCAGAAGGAAGAACAGCGUCGUCGCAGGGCCAAGCAGAAGAAGAAGGAGCUGCGGCAGUUGAAGAAGAAGCGGCGCCAGGAGGAGAAGAGUCGCGGAGUGACUGAGGAAGAAGUGAACAGCACUUACACCGGACUGGACCGGGAAAUGGCCGAGGAGUUCAUUUCCGUGUCCAUGGAGCCUGGCAGGACCAUCAAUCGCGUCAUGAACCACAGUGACGACAACGUCAGCAUCAACCACAACGUGUCUUCCACCUCCCUCGUUCACGUUCAUCAUCACUGAACACACCAGAAUCAAUAAUUUAAUCAAUGACGACGACGACGAUGAUGCAGCGACUAUUCACUGUUUUUUUAUAUUUAAAAGAAGAAAAAAAAGGUUGAAGCAAAAGAAAUCUGAAUGCUAUAUAGUGCUGACGAUGAUGCACGUCUUUUAUUGAUGCCGAAUAUACGAGAGCAGCAUACAUUUCAGAGAGAAAAGAAUUGUGCUCUUUCGAAAAAGUGAAUCACUGGGAUGAAUGAUGCAACUUUUCGAUUGAUACAUUUGUAGAAAAAAAAAGAAGAAUUUGAAUUGCGAAGGAAACCCAGGAAGGUUCUGUGUGAACUGGUCAUUGUUUUGCUGAAAGUAAGACAAUAAAGUAAAAAAACAUUUCUCGGCAUA